AUUUGGAGAAAGACACAGGGAUGUGGGUUAGCUGCGCGUUACAAACAGGACGAUGAACUGAGAAAGUUGGUAAGUGUAAUUAUCUAACAUUAGUCAUAAAAGUUCCACCUUCCCGCUUUUCUCGAAAAUUACAUCAAAUCUAAACAGAUCGCAGCCUCUAUAAUAAUUAUAUAGUUCAAAUUCUUCUAAUUUCAAAAAUGUAUUGCAUGUAUGUUUUCCAUUCCGUAAAGGUAAGAAGAGCUGCUGUCCUACCCUUGGUUCCGACCCGACAAGUGGAAGACGUUUGGUUCAAUGCUCUUGAUGAAAAUGAGGACAACAGCCCAGAGGUUACCCGUUUCAAGGACUAUGUCACAGAAACGUGGGUGGAAGGACAGCAGCUGGACCUGUGGAACCACUAUGACAACACAGGGCCUCGUACAGCUAAUCAUGUAGAAGGAUGGCACAUUAAAGUGAACAGGAUGUGCAAGCAUGCACACCCGAACAUUUAUGCGAUUGUGAAGUUGCUCCAGAAAUUACAGGCUGCUGACGAGGUUAGGGUGAUUCAACUGUCUGCUGGAGGAAAAUCACGACCAAGAAAGAAGAAGUAUCGACGUUUGGAUGAGCGCCUUACUCAGCUCAAGGAUAGGUUCCAGAACGGACAUAUUAAGGUGUACACGUAUGCUGAUUCAGCAUCCCACUUACUCCAUUUAGACUGA